AUGUCUGUCCCUCGAGAAAGGCUCCUGCAGCUCAUGCAGGCGCGAUGCCGCAUUUUUGCGACGACCUACAAUCCAGACGGCAUUCGAACCGGUAACAAGAUUCUGCGACAGAGGUUACGGGGGCCGGCGCUCGCGGCUUAUUAUCCUCGAAAGAUGUUCACAUACAGAGAACUGGCUGAUCUAUAUGGACCCGAACUGGAGUUUACAAUCGAGGAGGAGGAAGAUCGACUCGAGCAGAUUGGAUUUUUGAAGGCGCGUGGGAAAGGCGCACCGAAAAAGAAGAGUGGUCCU